UCACGAAGGGCUCCGCCGUUUUGCCUCCUCUUGCUUUCGAAGCCUCCCUCUCUUCCUUCCUCCCUCUUCCUCUCUCUCUCUCUACACUUUCUUUGUAUUCUGGGCAGGAAUCUCUCGUUCAACCCCUCUGUCCACCUUCAACAGUAAUUGCGUAUACUCAUCCCUGAUUUUCGAUCGAUAUCGCCGUAAUUCCGUUCGCCUUUCUGUCACGCCGGCACCGUCUUUUUGGAAUUGGGAUACAUUUUUUGUAGACAUAUAUAAUGGAAUUGCGACCGAUAUCUUUAACGGAUUGAUUAUAUCGUUCAUUAUUGAUGUUUCUUCGGUUUACAGUACGGAUUAAAGCUAUUAGAAUAAAAGCGAUAUAAAUAAUCUCGGUACCAAUCUCUCUCGAAGAUGCGUGCUGAUUUUCACCAGGAAUUCAUUGAGGAAAUGGAACUAUAGAUUAUACUUGACUGUUGGUUGUUUGCACUCGAUACGGAUUUUCAUGGUAUCUCACGAUAUUUGCGUAAUUUCGAUGAAAAAGAUUGAAAGAGCAAAUCAAAGAAAAGAACUGUAAAAUGUUUUCGAAUCGGCUCGUGCAAAGUGUGAUAGUGCUUGCUUUCUCGGAGGGAGAAUAAUUGCUGCUCGUAUCUCGGAACGCCGAUAAAAUUUCCCAGCUGAUUGAGAAACCGAGAAGAAAUUUGAUAACGGGGACUCGCGUUCUGGCCGACAUAUUGUACGCUCGUCACGAAAUCAGUAUUUACGCGACUUUUUACGACGGAGUCGAUUUAUUGAGCCGGACAGCUCGGCCGAAGCUACCGAGAGUCUUCUUAACGGAACUCUACAUCCCGAGUUCUAGGCCCCGCGGUCCUUAUCUCUGUUCCAGAUACUCGCGAGAAGAUAUUUAUGUCCGGCGUUAUCGCGAUGACUUUGCUUUCUUCGAUUUUUGUAUCACCCUCCUUUAUACGCGCACAUGCAUGCAUUAUCUCACGAUGGCGUGAAGUAAAAACCUGCCAUUAAAUCAGCCGAAACGUUCAAAAUAAGUGCUCGCCGGAUCAAUAUAACGCUGGUGUCUUAUUUCCCGCCCUCCGCUCUGUUUCUGAUUUCGACAGCUCAAUCGUAAUCGACGCAAUCGAACGUGCGAUGUAAACGUCAAAUGCGAAUACCUUGCCGUUAACAUUUAUAUUAAAUUUAAUGUAAUAGAACUUAAAGAGAUUAAUAAGGCGCUCGAAAGCCAGCAUUUCCUCGCAGACACUUAGCUAUCCAAGUAAAGUCUUGCCAUGUGCAUUUAAACGCGAAUGUUCGUAGAAUGAAGCGAUAUGAGACGGAGACGAGGACACCUAUGAUGACGAUGACGAUGACGAAGACGAGGACGACGCAGAAAAUCUACCGGCGUGACCGGUAAUCUGAUACAAUGGAUUUUGAAGAGUGUAAUUUUCGUUGGCGCACACAACAAUAGCCAUACCCGUCUGCUCGCCGCGCCAUAUAAUCUCACCAUCCGCGCGCGCCAUUCUAAUUUUCCGCGCGUCAUGGGAAUUCUCGCUCUCGCGACUUGAUGAAGAUCCCUUGAGGACCUCGGGAUCGACGGCUCGGAAAGAUCCGUCCGCGUCUCUCUUCGGGAUUAUUAUGCAUUUGUCUUGUAAGAAUUUAAUUAAUAUUGUAGAUUAAAGUAUUGAGUCAGUCAAAAAGUGAUUUUUGUUCGAUUUCACAUUUUAUUGCAUUCAAUAGAAACAAAUUAUUCAUUAACCAGGUAAUUACCAUUAGUAUCUAUAAGAUACUACUAUCAACACCUUGUUUGUAUUACACGUAAAUUGAUUUGAAAAAUCGAAAACCGAGUUUUUUGAUUGAGCCAACACAAUAUUAUUCAUAAAAUUGGAAUCAGGAAAACAAAUUAAACGAAUCGGGUGUACUAGCUGGUUGCUCGCUUCGAACCGAGUCCGAGCAUCCCACGCUCCGUUAGUAGAGCGCUCGAUAAAUUCAGUUCGCGCGUUUACACGGGAAAUGCACGGCUGACAUUAAUCAGCAGUGGCGCGUACCGAACGUUAACAGCCGUCUACGGGGGUUAAUACUUCCGUUUCUCUCUCGUGGCCGAGGAAAUAUUGACCGAGAUCUUGGCGGCGAGGUAGUGAACGGGGUAAGAACACGCGGUCCUCUUAAUCGUCGAUCAAAUCGAUCCUCGCCGUAAAUCGUCCGGAGAUCGAUCCGGGAACGAGGAGGCGGUACCGGUGGAGAAAAGUGCUCCGCUUCUCCACCGUUGUACGUUCGAUAUCGUCCGGUACCGCGAUUCGUUCCGGCGGAGGAUCGCGGAAGAUCCUCCCUUGCCCUCCCCGCCCCCGCGCCUUAAUCUGAUGUAGAAGCACUCUUUUCUCUUUUUUCUCAAGACCCGCCCGCUCGCCGUCCGUCCGUCCGUCCGUCCGUCCGUGGGUCCGGUCCGUGAGAUCUCGUCGAUAACGUUCUUUACGCGCCUAAUCCCGUCGUGUCCAGAUGGUAUCACGGUCCUUGAGGUCGCCCUCACUCUCUCGCGGCUUCCUUGAGGGUGGCUGAUGGCUCGGGGUUGAAGAUCUCUGACCCUUCGAUCAGUCGUGAUUAUAUUCGAGUGGUGGUCCUUCACGCUAUCACGACGUUGCGUUUGUGACAUUUCAUGUGAAAACUCUGUCUUACGGUAAUCUUCCGAGGAGUAGAAUCUUCUUAACACCCUAAUCACCUUGGUGACAAGAUGCUUAUGAUUGUUCGAAACGUGUUUAGCGAAAUAAAUUGUUUAAUAUUUUAUACGCGUUAUAAAUUUGCAAUUUAGUUCUUAUUUUCAGGGGUUAUAUAUCAUUGAUGUAUUGUACAAGGAUUUCAGUAUACCGCAGCGGUGCAUUUUGAAUCGAGCAAACACGGAAUAGAUCUAAGAGGAAAGAUUUAAAUUAACAUGAAGUAUAGUAAUGAUCCUAAUUUGCAAUGUUACGAUCUAGAUAGCUUGAGAGAUAAAUGUGUGACUUGACUUCAGUCGGAAAAGAUUAUAAAUCUUUAGAAACGAAUUAACAUAUGAAAAGAAUCAAAGUACUUUAUCAUUUCCUUUCAAUAAAAAAUUCAUGAAUACAUGAAUUAAAUUAUAAUUAUAUUUAUAUGCAAUUUAUAGUCAAUGCAUCUUUUCUUGUUUUUGUAUCACUAUCAUUACAACUUGAAAUAUGUAUUAUAAUUUUUAAUUAUUGAUGUAAAGAAAACAAGAACAAAAAGUAAGCUAAGAUUACCUAUAUUGUAGAAACGAUGAAGAUUUUCGAAUUAAACGAGUAAAAUAGUCUCUAUUGAAUCGCGCGAUAAUUCGGUUUUUGUUGAGUUAUGAAUUUUAUUUAAUAAUGUUUUCGCGAACAAUAUAGUCCACUUGUGAAGUUGGUACUUAUGUUCUUUUUCAUUCUUAUUAUGCACACGUUCUAUGGACCGGAUUGUUUGCAGCUGCUUAUUCAGCUCGUUCGGGUAUCUUUCACUGACAGCUUUAAAAAUAUCUAUGUGAGCUGAUCUUUUCUUUCUCUCUAUUUAUAUAUAUUUAUAUAUCCAGAUUGUAUCAUGUUUGCCUCUCGACUGUGACACCAUUUCCAUGUUGAAGAAUGAUUUUUGACCCGUGAUUCAUGACAAUAGGAUAAAUGACGUAGAAACUUUUCUGACGCACGUCAUUUAUUCAGCAUCUCAGGAGUACAUAUGUUCUUUCUAACUAAACUCUUUAUUUCACAAAAUACAAAAGGUUUACAUAAAUAAUGAAAUGACGAAUUAACACGUAACAUUAGAACGCAAAAGUAUCAAAAUAAAAUUCAGAUCUGGAAAGUAAAUGUGAUUUAUAUUGAAAUAAACGUUUGCAAAGUAUUUUUAACUGUUGUAGCAUUAUAUCUCUUAUAAUUAUUGUAAUUAUAUAUCUCUAAGUUAUUGCAUACGUCUAUCCUGUUUUAAAUUUACAUCAUUCAUCAUGUUUUUUUUUUAGAAAUGAGCAACUAUCAUAUACACAAUAUAUCGUACACGAUUUUCCAUUAUUACGAACAAGCUACACUAUUUCGCGGAUCCAGUUAUAACGAUGGCCAAACUUUUUGGUCACCCCGUGUGCGAGCGCUCUCACGACGUACCGCAUCGGUUGCAAGUAGAAAGAAUAAAAAAUACGCGGCCGAGGGGCGAUUUCGAUUCCUAAGCCGUGCCGACAGAGCCAAACAUGUUAUUUUCUCGUUCGCGGUGCCCUGAUAUCCGAUCGACCGGGCACCAGCCGGACCGGAUUGGUUCCGGCUGGAUUUUAAUCCGUCCCACCGCGUCCACCCGGCCGUCCAAUUGCCGCGCCGGCUGAUAAGGGAGGCCAUAAUUAACGCGAUUUGUUAAUGAGCGUCGGAACAGUUAGACCACGACUGAAUGAAGACAUCGUGGACGAACUUAGUCGCGACUCGGCUAGAUCCUCGAUCGGCUCACGGGAUCCUCAGGUGCGCUUCGAGAUCGACAAGUCGCUAUGGACCGGAAGUGAUUGCUCUGAUCUACGAGAUCGAAAGACAGAUUUUUCCCCGAGGAAAUUUUUAAGAUCAGAGGUAGUGCAUAACGCAACUCGAAUGAGUUUAGCUUUUUAUCCUGAAUCGAGAGAUCAGUGCGGUGAUAGAUAGAGACUUUUGUGAUGUUCAUCGAGAUACAAUGUGUUGAUGCAACGUAUUCGUGAACUGUGAAGCGUGAAGAGACACUUGUGAAUGAAUCCGAAAUCAUCGCGUGACAUUCUUAGCGGCAGUUAUCCUGUGGGAAUCGACCGACGCGAGAGUGAGAGAUGGAAAGUCGUUGAAACUGUUUCAUAGUGAAGUGCCUGUGGGAUUUUAAUUCAAUUAAUUUUAUAAUCUUACAUGAUAAUGAUCAAGCUUGAAUAAAAAGGAGACCAACAUAUGUGAAUCGAGUGCUUUUCGUUCAUUAUAGUAUUUAAAACACAGUUUAUUUGCAAUUUAAAUUCACAGUUAUUUUCUCCGGAAGUCAAUCGAAGAAGGAUGGUGCUGGUAGUCGGCGGGGUGGUCCUGCAGGAGGAGAUCCCCUCGGACAGCAGGUCCUUGUAUGCGGCCCACCCGGUAUACCGCGAGAGUGCGGCCCAGCUACAUUCGAUGCCGGCGAAACUCGUGGGUCCGGUGGGCCUUCUCUAUGUUCAGCAGCGAGAAAUGGCUGCGACUGUGCCGCAGGACAAAAACGUCAGCAUCCUCGGUUCGGACGACAUGACCACAUGCAUAAUCGUUAUCGUUAGGCAUUCCGGUUCAGGCGCGGCGGCACUGGCGCAUCUCGACGGCACUGGAACGGAGGAUGCUGCGGCGGCGAUGAUCCAGAGGGUAACGGAACUCAGCGUUGUAUAUCCCGAAAGCCGUCUGGAGUUACAAUUGGUCGGCGGUUACUCCGACCCGAGAAACUAUUCCGAGGAAUUGUUCUACACUAUACUUUCCGCGUUUCACAAGCAACCGAGAGAGAUCGAUCUGACGCUGUGCUGCGUGGGCGAACUGAAUACCACCGUGAGAGGCGGGAUCCACUGGCCGGUGAUCUAUGGUAUCGGGCUGAACGUGAAGACGGGCGAAAUCUUCCCCGCGACUUUCCCCGACAAGGGCCCGGAACAGGCGCUGAGAUGCGCCAGACAAUUGACCGGAGGUCAGCAGGUUCUGGAUAUAUACGACUGCUCGUUGGGAUUACUUAAAAUCGGUCCGUUCAAUUACGACCCUCUGCGAGGCGUGGACCUCUGGUUGGCGCAAACCGAUCAGGUCAUCUUGCAGCAUCUGUCAACGUCACCGGAAGUAGAACAACCACACUUCGUAUCGCAGGUGCGAGCGACGCUCAAAUACAUCCAGGACAAUCAAUUUCCGGCUAUCACUGUCUUCCGAGAUAACAGACCUCAUUACUACCGCCGAGACGAGGCCACCGGUGUCUGGCAGCCGAUGUGAUACUAGUUCCAACGAGCCGCAGAUUCAUUCGAGGCUUGCGCGGAGAUUGUUCGAGAAAGCUAUGAGCGAUGCAAGACAUCAUAUCAAAUUGCCGAUCAAUGAAGCAUAUACGGAACAAGAUCGAUAUGCCGUAGGAAUUUAAGCCAGUCAAUUGAAUUCGGAAAUCGUGUCUUUUAAGAAUUGCAGUAUCGUUCAGUGACAUAAUAAAUGGCUUGGACAAUUCGGUAGUAGUUGUUUGAGCGUUAAGGAGACCGGUGGUAGUCGCGGUUUAAACAAAAAAUCGUUUCGCUUUUACGAUUGGCGAGCAAAUUGCGGAAGAGAGUCAGCAUAUAAUUGCCGCCUCCGUUGGCUGGCAAUUAUCUGUGAUCGAUGAGAAAAGAACGUCCUAUCGGGAGGAAGCCGUGGUAAUCAGCGUACUGGUCAAUGCAUUAAGGCCCGCUCACACCGAGAAGUAUCUCGUAUAAAUAAAAAUGUUUAUUAUUCAA